CAAAGAGCUAUUACCCACAAUCCACUGCGACGCCGGCGACCACGUCACGUGAUUAUGACGUCGAGGCGGAAAUGAAAGUUAGCUAGAGCCUGUGGACUUCGUUGAAGGGCUCCGACGUCAUGGCAGCGGCCAGCGUGAGCAGACCUGGUGCCGUCCAGACCACAGAAAAGUCACCGUUAACUUUGAAAGUGCUCUCAGCUAGGCCACAGUCCCCCAAGCUGCCUAGCCGCCACUCUCGCCUCAACUCUUUUGUGGAGGUGAUUGCCGACGGCCUGACCUGUGAGACCAAGAAGACGGGCAAAUGCAGCGGCCACCCUGAUCUGCAGUGGAACGAGGACCUCACCGUGAAUGUCACUCCUCAGAGCAAGCUGGACCUGAAGGUCUGGAGCUGCCACACGCUUCGUAAGGAGCUGCUGGGGAGCGCCACCAUUGACCUGCUGGACAUGCUGCGCUCGCACGACGGCAAGAUGGAGAAUCUCCAGCUUAGCCUGGUCCUGCAGACUGAGAACAAAGGCUUGGUUGUAGCGGGAGGAGAGCUGACCGUCUGUCUGGACGGCCUGGCUGUUGAUCUGGGAUCGCUGCCCAAUGGCAGCGCGGCAACAGGCAAGACGCUUCAUGCUGACGGGCAGAGCGCCCAGUGGACCGGGGAACCGCCUGGCACAAACAGCCCCCACAGCAGGGCUCAGAGACAAUCCAGGGGGGGUUCUUUGACCAAUGGGGAGGUGCUACAAAAUGGAGAGGCGAGCUCAGGACCCCGCAGUCAGCAGCGCCGGAUCAAGAGCGCGAAUGGCAGUCCAGGGAAUGCAGGUAAAUGCGAGCUCACCUCCAACGGGGUGGAGAAUGAGCAUGUCGGCCCGGCCCCCUGCACACCCCCCCUGAGCAGGACCACCGUCCUUCCAGCGAACCCCGUCAUGGCUGCCAGCUCUCCCAGCCCAGAGAGUGGGGCCCCUCCCCCACCUGAGGAUCCUCCACCGCCUGUGACAGAACAGACUGACGGCACCGGGGAGUCUGUCAUGGAGUCUCUGCCUGCCGGCUGGGAGCAGCGUGUCCUACCCAACGGGAGGGUCUACUACGUAGACCACAACACCAAGAGCACCACCUGGGAGCGACCACUGCCACCUGGCUGGGAGAAGCGUGUGGACCAGAGGGGGCGUUUCUACUACGUGGACCACAACACUCGCACCACCACCUGGCAGCGGCCCACACCCGAGUCUGUGCGCAGCUACGAGCAGUGGCAGUCGCAACGCAGCCAGCUGCAGGGGGCCAUGCAGCAGUUCAGCCAGAGGUUCCUCUACCAGUCUUCUGGCGUCCCGGUGGAAAACGACCCCUUAGGCCUGCUUCCCUCCGGAUGGGAGAAGCGGCAGGACAACGGCCGGGUCUACUUCGUCAACCACAACACCCGGACCACCCAGUGGGAAGACCCCCGCACCCAGGGGAUGAUGCAGGAGCCCCCACUGCCUCCCGGCUGGGAAAUGAAGUACACGGCGGAGGGGGUGCGCUACUUCGUGGACCACAACUGCCGGACGACCACCUUCAAGGACCCGCGACCAGGGUUUGAGUCAGGGUGAGUCCCGACAGGGGGGUCCCCUGGGGCGUAUGACCGCAGCUUCCGAUGGAAGUAUCACCAGUUCCGCUUCCUGUGUCACUCCAAUGCCCUCCCCAGCCACGUGAAGAUCAGUGUGUCCAGGCAGACGCUCUUCGAGGACUCGUUUCAGCAGAUCAUGAACAUGAAGCCCUAUGACCUUCGGAGGAGACUCUAUAUCAUCAUGAGGGGUGAGGAGGGUCUCGACUAUGGAGGCAUCGCCAGAGAAUGGUUCUUCCUGCUGUCUCAUGAAGUGCUGAACCCAAUGUACUGCCUGUUUGAGUACGCCGGAAAGAACAACUACUGUCUGCAGAUCAACCCCGCCUCCUCCAUCAACCCAGACCACCUGACCUACUUCCGCUUCAUUGGACGGUUUAUCGCCAUGGCCUUGUAUCAUGGAAAAUUCAUAGACACGGGAUUCACUCUGCCGUUCUAUAAGCGCAUGCUUAACAAGAAGCCUACCCUUAAAGACCUGGAGUCCAUCGACCCCGAGUUCUACAACUCCAUCACAUGGGUCAAAGAGAACAGCCUUGAGGAGUGCGGAGUAGAGUUGUAUUUUGCCCAAGACAUGGAGAUCCUGGGGAAGGUCUCCACCCAUCAGCUGAAGGACAACGGAGAGAAUGAGCUGGUCACUGAGGAGAACAAGGAGGAGUACAUCGGCCUGCUCACAGACUGGCGUUUCACACGCGGCGUAGAGGAACAGACCAAAGCCUUCCUGGAUGGCUUCAACGAGGUCGUACCCCUGGAAUGGCUGCGAUACUUUGAUGAGAAGGAGCUGGAGCUCAUGCUGUGUGGAAUGCAGGAGGUAGAUCUCAGCGACUGGCAGAAGAACACCAUCUAUCGCCACUAUACCAAGAACAGCAAACAGAUCCACUGGUUCUGGCAGGUAGUGAAGGAGAUGGACAAUGAGAAGCGGAUCCGGCUGCUGCAGUUUGUGACGGGAACCUGCCGCCUUCCUGUCGGGGGCUUCUCCGAACUCAUAGGGAGCAACGGGCCUCAGAAGUUUUGCAUUGACAAGGUGGGAAAGGAAACCUGGCUUCCCAGGAGCCACACAUGCUUCAAUCGGCUGGACCUGCCGCCCUACAGGAGCCUGGAGCAGCUGAGGGAGAAGCUGCUGUUUGCCAUCGAGGAGACGGAGGGGUUUGGGCAGGAGUGAGGGGGGGGGGAGGUGGGAGUGAGAGGGGCAGAGGAUGCAUACACACCACCUGCACGGUGAAAAGCCAUAUAACUCCUCUUUCAGGGGACUGGGACCACAAACGAUUCUAAUAUGUUUGAACAUAUACUUGGAGUAAAGUGUCUGAGUAAUGAGCCCCGUAACGCUUGGGGUGCUGCCUCAUGGGGACUGGCAGGGCGUGGGCUGCCUGUCUGUCGCGUCCCCCAUUGUCCAGCCCCAGUCUCUCCUUCCCUCCACACAUAUAAAAUGCAGCGCCUGGCCCCCUGUUGAAACGGCAUGCGGCGGACAGCAGGAGCCUGGCUGCAGCUAAUGCGUCGCGCAUGCGGCAAGUGGGAGGCACCUCGACCACGGGUGGCGGAGGCAACCGCCCACACGGCCUCAAUUCACUUCAUUUAUUUUUUUCCUUCAUAAAUCAAAAUAUCUUAUUGUAAAUGAAAUAAGCUAAAUAAAAUGGACAAAGAACAAAA